AUUCUAUCAUCCUUCUGUGAAGGGACCUUGCUUCAUUCGUAAUCUUCUAUUCAUUCGUUCUUAGCUGGUUCUGGGCAUUCUCCCUCGUACUUCGUACAUAUAUCACUUCGUACAUAUAUCCCUAUUAAUACGAUCCGCGCUCGUCAAACCAUCAUAAUGCGUACCUCAUUCUCUAUCGCCGCUGUCCUUGUUGGCACCGCAGUCGCGGCCCCUACCAUUCCUUUCGUCACUACGAAUGCGGUGAUACCGCUGCAAGAUGGCGCCACUGGCGCAUUGAGCGCGAUCGCAGAGGUUAGCCGACGACAAAGUGCUACGCAAGCUUGCUUCGUCAUCGGCAGCACAGCGCUACCCCAAGAAGUCGCCGAUGUCGCCGCCAGCCUGGCCUCAACUGUCACAUGCGACAACUCCGUCAAAACACUCUCUGGUGUGCCAGACGUUACAUCCGGAUCGACGACCUUCUCGUCCAUCGACUUUAGCAAGUCUAAGCAGACUCCACUCCAGUUCGCGCUGUCGCAGUUCGCAACAGCUGAACCUCUUGCCAACACGGACCUGCAGACAUUCCAGGACAUGCUUAACGUAUACGAGGCUACUGAAGCUGGUAUCCGUAGCGUCGGUGGUUCUUUAGCUAUUAAAGUUCCAAAAUUCUUCCUUGAGAUGCAGGUGUCACGAAUCCAGACCGCUCAAGGGAACCCCCCGACUGCUGCUGGGCUCCAGGUCGACCACCUUCGCGACAAGGUCCUGAAAAACGCACCUAAGGAGGCCUCAAACCUGCUAGACCAGGUCACGCAACUCGCGACGCAGCUGAGCUAGAUGCCUUGAAGGGGGAUUAAUGAAUAGUACUGGUAUUUGUACAUGACAUUCGCAUUAUUCGCAAGACGUCAAACCUAGCUGAGCUGGCUAGGAAACGUUUAUAAU